CAGUCUGUCUGGUAAACCCGGUCAAGGACGACGACAACAAGUAUCAAGUAAGUAUCAAGUAUCAAGUAUCUUGAGAAACAUCAGAUAAAAUAUUCCAAAAGUACCUAUUCAAGGUUGUAGAGAAUUUCCUCCUCUUUUUAUUUCCAUGUAUGAUACUUCUGAUUCCAAUUCCGUUCAAAAGUUAUAGCCAAUUGAAAAAAUAAUGAUUUUCAUUUUUUUGCAAUUUUACUGUUAUUCAAGUCUCUAAAACGAGUACGAUCAUAGGCAUAGCCACCUAUGUAUGGUACAAUACAUGAAUACAUGAUAUAAAAAAAAUAGAAUCUUGCUGAACUUUCUGACAAGAUGGCGGAUUUUUGUGCCAGGGUACUAGCCGAGUUUCCAUUCUAUCUAUUGAUUCUAUUCUGUGCCUUGAGUAUGAGUAUGAAAAGUGUGACGUGAAGAACGAACCAAUUCAAAUUUGUAUAUGUACAAAUAAUUUUUAUUUAACUUUUUUUCAAAUUAGCCUAAUAUUUAAGCAUUGAUUUAAACUGCACAUACUAUUUAUGGAUAAAUCCUAUUUCAUCUUACUACAAAGCAAUGGAUGAAGAGAUUGUAACAGAUGUUGAUGAGUCGGAGAAAGAUAACAGCCAAGAACCAGAGUUAGAGUGCAGCUCAGCAUGGUCUACACAUAACAGUGAUCCAAGUGACCAAGAAGAAAGUGUGGGACGUUUUUUACAAGUAUUCGUCAAAGAAGAAACACCUGUAAGAAUGUGCACCAAUGCGAAUUCGGAGUUCAUUGAAUUAUACAGACAAAAUGUGUGCCUAUGGGACACUAACUCUCCCCUAUAUUCAAACCGCAAUGCGAGAAAAACAGCUCAGGAACAGUUGCUGAAUGUUUUGCUGAAGUAUGACAGUAGCGCGAACAUUGCUACAGUGCGAAGAAAAAUUGACUCAUUGCGUAGUGUUUACUUCAGGGAGCUGAAAAAAGUGCAAAAAAGUGAGGCUAGAACAGGUACGGGUGCAGACGAUGGUGUGUAUGUGCCAACCUGGGCGCACUACUACGAGUUGAACUUCCUAUGUGAGGUGCAGCACUCAGCCAGAGCUGGCACCGAUUCUGUGCCAACACUUGCACCCUCUCAAUACACCCACCAACAGCAAACUGCAACCACAAAUGAGAGCGAAAACGAUGGAGAGGAGAUGGCAGACUGCGAGGAGAAUACAGAAACAGUUGAUGUUGAUCUUCAACCCCCACCACCAAAAAUGAGUAACAAAGGACGGAUGUCUGCACAAAGACAUCCAUUAAUUGCAGCGCCUCGAAACAUUGCAAGAAACAUUACAGCUGUAGCACCCGCCGACAAUUUAGAGUCGUUUUGCUUAUCAGUGCUUGGGGAUCUCCGUGCAGUGGGGAAUUUUCAUCAGCAAGCGAUCGCUCAAAAGUUGAGAAACAGACUGAAGAAUGUUCAGUGAAUUGCGAACCGGAUGAGAAGUGGCCAUCAUCUACCUGCAGCACAUUGGGCCCUGCAAAUGCAAAUGCAACACAAGUAGGUGCACUGAAUGCACAUUUGCUGGAGCCACCUGCGGCUGGGGAAAAGCUCUACACCUGUCCUUAUUGUAGCUAUAACAAUCCCUGGUUUUCAAAUCUUGAAAGACAUAUCAAGAAUCACACUCGAGAAAAGCAUUUCAGUUGCAAAUUUUGUGAAUAUAAAUGUGCUAGAUCAGGUGAUAUGAAAAAACAUAUCAGAACACAUACAGGAGAAAAACCGUUCAUCUGCGAUUACCGGUACUGUGACUUCAAAACUGCUACAUCAAGUCAUUUGAAAGAACAUAUCAGAACACACACAGGAGAAAAACCUUUCAGCUGUAGGUUUUGUGACUAUAGAUGUGCUGGUUCAAGUGAUUUAAAAGUGCAUAUCAGAACACAUACAGGCGAAAAAGCUUUCUGCUGCGAAUUUUGUAAUCAUAGAUUCACUCAUUCAAUUGAUUUGAAAAGACAUCGUAGAAUACAUACUGGUGAAAAACCGUACAGCUGCAACUUUUGUGACUAUAAAUGUACUCGGUCAAGUUAUUUAAAAACCCAUAUUAGAACACACACAGGAGAAACACCUUUCAGCUGCGAAUUUUGUGAGUAUCAAUGCAAUCAAUCAAAUGAUUUGAAAAGACAUAUUAGAACACACACGGGGGAAAAACCUUUUACAUGCAAGUUCUGUGACUAUAAAAGUGUCAACUCUGGUAAUUUGAAUGCACAUCUCAGAAUUCAUACAGGAGAAACACCAUUCAGCUGCAACUCUUGUGACCAUAAAUUUGCCACGUCAAGUCAUUUGAAAAUGCACAUCAAAACACAUACAGGUGAAAAAGCUUUCGUCUGCGAAUUUUGUAACCAUAAAUUUACUCAUUCAUCUGAUUUGAAGAGACAUCGCAGAAUACAUACAGGCGAAAAACCGUACAGCUGCACAUUUUGUGACUACAAAAGUACUCGUUCAAGUGCUUUGAAAGUACAUAUGAAAACACAUAAAGAUCAAAAAUCUUCCAGCUGCUAAUUUUGGAAUUAUGCAAGUGCUACUUCGAAUCAACUGAAACUUCAUAUUUGUAUUCAUGAUUGUUUAACUUGAUCAAUUAAGUCAACUUGAAUUUGAAGUUGAUGACAGGCCGCACCAACACAUUGUCUCCAGUUAUUAUUAGCUAGAUUUUCUGCCCCUUCACCAGAAGCUAGCAACCAGUACUAAUUUGCACAAUUCAGUACCGUAAAUUUCAUGGAAUAUCCCAGAAACUAUUUCAAUUUUAGAUAUUUCAGAACUAAUUAAUAUCUCAAUGACCAUUGACUAAAUAAUCUUUUGGUAGCUCCAAUACCUAUGUUCUAAAAUUGCCAACACUUUAUGUAAAAAUAAUGCAACCAGUCUCGAGUUCAAAUCUUCAAUGGAUAUUGAGAUCGAGCGAUAUUUCAAUGUGCACAAUCCAGUAAAAUAAAUUCAUUAAAUAUCCCAGAAAUUCUUGUAAUAUCUCAAUAACCAUGACUAAUAUUCUUGAUGGCUUAAAUAAUAUGUUCUUCAUCAGUAAUUCUUAUGUAAAAUUAAAUUUGCAACCGGUCCCAAGUUUAUAUUUUCAAAUGAGAUAUUUCGACAAAUCUGCAUAAUUUAUUAUAAUACUUUUAAAGAUGUUAAGGCCGACUUUGAGGUCCUUUAUCAUUUAUUUUGUUUAUUAAUAUGACUUAUAAUAAUGUGCAAGUUAGAGAGAACCUCUUCUAAUUCAUACAAACAGUGAAAAUGAACUAGGUAGCCCAAUCCGCCCAAACACAUUUCAGGUUUUCAUUAGAUCAUUACUGAUUGAGCUUUGAAACGGCAACCAAUGAUAUUCGUCGUCAAAAACUUGAGUUUGCGAUAAAACAUGCGGUUGUACAACGGUGUUUUGAACUUGCUGAUUUGAGGCCAGUCACGAUUACAUGGGCUUCUAGAUCAAGCGGCUGUCAUUAUCUCUCAAAAAAUUUAAUUGAACUAUUAUCGAUUUCUGAUUAUUUUAUUAAACUUUGUAAUAAAAUAUCAUUGUGGUUCGAAUUAAAUUAGAUCAGCAGGCUGCGACACCUGUGGUGUAGGAGUGCCAGGUCUGUAGAAAUACAGAGUUCUUUCUAUGGACCUUGAAGAGUUUAAUAGCAUUCACGUUUAGUGCCGUGCAAUAAGUGAAAUGACUCUCGGACAUCAUUGAUAUCCAAGAUCUGGUGUCUUUAGUCUAAGGCUCAAGGAUAGACACUUGAAUGCACACAUAGCAGAGCAGUAACCGUGAAUGAAUAGAGCAACUCAUUAUCUAUAAAUUUGAAUAGCGUAUAUUUUAAUAUAUUACUUUAUAUUUAUUUUAUAUAUUUAAAUAAUCAGUUACAAUAUGAUUAGAUGAAAAUAUAAAAUUAUCGAUUUUUCCAUUA